UGAACCGAUCUCGUUAGCUGAAUCCUCGCGAUCGUACGCAGCAUCCUACGAUAUACCGGCUUUAAAUUGACAGUGAACGCGCGUUAAGUGAUGCGUGUGUGUGUGGUGGUGAUGCUCGUUCGUUCAGUCCACAACGUGGCCCCACAGUGCAUGUGGUGUUCGUAUAUUUGUCUGCUGCUUAUCGGGUUCUCGGCGCGAACGGUGCGAGCAAACGUUUGGCCGAUAGCCAGUUCAAAUCAGCCUCUCGGACGGAUCGGUUCGCUAGCUUAUUCUUUCGGCGUUUUGUCUCGGUUUGCUGCAACGGGGUUAAACCCAGGAAGUUGAACUGCUACCAUCCGUCUGCCAUCAUUGUAGUAUGUUAGUUGGUUUAUGUGCGUUUUGAUGUUGUGAAGAAAAAAGUUCGUGUUCGUUUGUGUGCGUGUGGUGUAAGUUAAUUUUAUAUCGGUAAACAAUCAGUGUCAACAUACAGGUUGACAGCAGAAGAAGCAACUGUUACCGUAUGUUUUGUGAUAAGUGAAAAGUGUUUCAAGAGGCAGAGACAAAAUUAUUUAGAACAAUCAAAGUGAUUGUUUAUCUUGCCUUCGGUUUGUGAUGGUGGGGAACUGUCUGUCAACCUGUACUUCAGCUGUCCAAUUUUCCCAGCACCACGAGCUCCAUCGAUACAUCGGACACUCUCGCAGUUGGCGCCACCUGGUACGAGCGGGCACCGUAAUCACGCAAAUCGACGGACUGGGCAGGUGAUGGCAGUAGCUGUUCGCUUCCACGAAUGGCAUUAACGGCCACCGCACACCAAACCACGAUGACUGUGGUGCUGUCGAUGAUCGUGAUGGAUGGGAAGCUUCGAGUGGUGGAGACCGCGUCCUGCACCACAGUAUAGUCACCGGUUGCCAUAUCGCACGGAUGUGUGUGCCUUAGCAGUGGAAGCGUUGCGGAAGAACGGCCACGAGUUGGAUCUUCUUUCGUUUGCCGUAGUCGGCCGUAGGGCUAUACCGUGCGCCACGCGAGCUGUAACUUAAUACGGUGCGAAGGUUCCAUUUCUUUUUGGGUGAAACUGUCCAGAAUAAGAAGUACUGCUGUGUGUGUGUACACGUUUGUGAGUGUUUUAAAUACUGUUUCACCUUUCAUCACCUGCGCAGCAUCGCAACCGCCCGCUUACCGAGAUCCGUGUCACGCGAGUCACGCGCGAUACGUGAUAUCUUCAUCAGGGCACGAAUGAAGAAUUUAUAAUCUCUGCCAGCCAGCUUUGUUCUCCAACUCCAACCGUGGCCAUAUCUGUUUGAUCUUGAUCUCGCAAAACAGCAAACCUAAACCUGAGGAGGAUGCACACUCAGUGGACAACAGUACAACAUGUGUAAAAGCGAGCGAGCGAGAGAUCCAUAUCGCGCUAGUAUGAUGGACGCGUGCAAGAAGUGACGGUGUGCAGCACACUUUUGUUGGAACAAUUUUCCAAUAAUGAUCAAAUAAGCGAAACAAUCACCGGUUGGGUUGAUGAGAUCCGUGAAUUAUCGACCACGUCGGUCUGAAGAUCUCGUGUGUUAGUAAACGACCGUGAACAAGAACUGAAGCCCAAACGACGAGGUCAGGUCAGGCGGGAUUACUCGUUUCUCUCCCUCUCACUCGGCCGGGUGUUUGGGCAUUGGAUCGUGCCAAUCGAGGCAUUACGCGGAAUUUUGCAUAUCCAUUACCGAGCCGGGCGAGCCGCAAUUAGGGUUGACACCCGGAGGGUAAUUGCAGCCCAAACACACGAAACCGUUCGUACGUCAGCUCGAACGUCACCGUACAAGGGUUUUUAUGGCGCGCGUGACGCCGACCCUGCCUCGCACUCGGUCCAGCCUCGAAACGUGCGCAACUUAGCCGAGCCUGCCCGGACCUGAACGUGCCAGAGCGAGUCGCGACGGACGCGUGCUCAUUACCGGGUUUGGGACGUCGACGUUGCAGUUCGAAAAAGGAAGUGUCGCGAAGCCUGCCGAAACCCGCGUGGCGCAAGGAUAAAGGCUCCUACAAAGGGAUGCCACCGUUCGGGAUAGUUUCAGUGCAGUGUUAAGUGUCAGCCGGUCCAGUUCAGCGGCCAACGUCUUGUCUUUCCGGUGGCCUUGUACGGGUAUAAGCAGCAGCUCGUGUGUUUCAGUGCGUGUAGAUCGAAUCAGUUAAGCUAGUUUUGUGAUAGUGCGGUGGUGAUUUUUUAUUAUUGUUCCUAUCAUUUCGUUCAUCCAAUGUUUAUUGCCACAACAUUCAUCUGGUGUAUCUGGCGCAUCCCCUAACAUCUGCAUCUUUUCGCGCUCCCCGCCCAACUUCCGGUUAGUGAUGAUCAGUUUUGAUUGAAUCAGUGCGAGCAAACACGAUCAUUUGUGUGGUUCGUUUGCGUGUUUGUGGCUUUUUUUUUAUUCUUCGGUGCGCAUUAGUGUGAUCGGGUGGAUAGUAUUUGUUGUUGUUGUUGUUUUUUUUUCUCGUGAAAUUCCAACCUGCCAUCCAACGGCCAACGGUGUCGUCGUUUGAAUAUAUUGUGGUGUGAAUCGUGCGCGUUAGUGAGAUCGUAAAAUCGCGAUCGUUUAGAGGAGCGAAAAAAACACGGUUGGUUGUUAAAGAGUACAGCUGAGCAUUAACAACACCACACCAUCAUGUCCGUUCGAUGGGAGUCGCCAGGAAUUGGCCGCCGGCGGCGUUCCGGCGAUAGUGUGGAUGAGUGCGAGAUUUCGAUGCUGGCAGAAUCGUCCACUGCGAAUGACGAUGGCGAUCAUUCGCGAUCACGGAACGGUAGUCUUGGUGGGCACCGUUCCAAAAAGGGAGAGGACACGCACCGGGUCACUUCCGGUGGUCCUUGUCCAGUGGCAAGGGUGGAUGUCGACUUGAGCGAUGAGGAUGAGCCGUUGGAGCAGAACGACACCGACGAGAUAGUGGUGUUGGACGAGGCGAGUGAACGAUUGUUGGGAAAAUGGAACGGCAAUGCCAAAGUGAAGAUGUUCAAAUCGAAAAACAGCUCUCCGAACGAACCGUCCCCAGUGCCCGGCCAUCCCGAACAGGACAGCACCGGGAUGCACAUUACGCUGAAUCCCUCGUCACGGGCCACCAGCCCCAGUUCCGGGGGCAAGCUGCCGAGCGCUAGCCCAUCGUCGCCCACGCCCUCCGCCAACCCGCCCCACCACCAAGCGAGUGCCAAGAGCAUCAACAACAACAACAAAAGCAGUAGCAACAGCAAGGCGCACAGCAAACCGAGCGGCAAGGGUGGCGGCAAUGGGGAUGACGGUGGCGGUGGCACAAAGAUGCCCCAGAAAAAGCACAAAAACGCGGACGAGGAGAACGACAUCAUCGGCGAACUGAUUGGGGAUUAUGGCAAGUGGCAGUUCGUCAUGACGUUUUUGCUCUCCCUGUUCCAGGUGCCGAACACGUUCCACAUCUACUCGCCUACGUUUCAGGCAGCAGAUAAAAGCUUCUGGUGCCGACGGCCAACACAUCUCGACGAUGUCCCGAUCGACCGGUGGCGGAACGUGACGGGUUCGGUGGAAAAUUGCAGGAUGCUGAAUUACGACUGGAAUGCGCUAACGAGCGCCCAACUGUCAAUGAGCAAUUUUUCGCUCCCGAAGAAUCUCACCGAUACGGUGGCGUGCAGCGCCUGGGAGUUUGACACACAGGACAACCUCGGCAACACCUGGUCCUCGGAGUGGAAUCUCGUCUGCGACAAGGAGUACCUCAAGAAUGUGGCCGAAAUGUUUUUCCUGGCGGGCGUUGCAACCGGCGGCAUCACGUCCGGCGUACUGUCCGACAAGUUUGGCCGCAAAAUGAUGCUCUUCAUCUCUGCCGUCCUGCAGUCGAUUUUUGGACUGGCCCUUUACUUUGCCGAUUCGUUCGAGUUCUAUCUAGUGCUGCGAGCGCUGCUAGGAAUCGUAUCCGUCUCGGUAACGUACGCGGGUCUUAUUCUGGCGAUCGAGUACGUGGAUGGCAAAUGGCGAACGAUCGCCGGCAUGUACAACCUGUUUCCGCUGCCCGUGUCCUACAUUAUGAUCUCCGGAAUUGCGUACCUAACGCAGGACUAUCGAAACCUGCAGCUGUGCAUUGGGCUCCCGGGCGUGUUUCUGUGCUUAUUAUGGUUCGUCCUUCCGGAAUCACCGCGCUGGCUGCUGUGCAAAGGUCGCAUUACCGAGGUGAAGGAAGUCAUCCGGAAAGCGGCAGCGUUCAACAAGCGCUCGUUACCGGACAAUUUGGACAAACUGCUGAAGCCCCCGGUGGACGAGGAGGAAACGGCGGCCGGUGUUUGCGAGCUGUUCCGAUCGAAAUAUCUGCGCCUGGUGACAUUUUGCUUCCUGUGCAUUUGGUUCACGAUGAAUCUCGUCUACUACGGUUUGGUACUGAACAUGAACAGCUUCGGUGGCAACAUUUAUCUCAACUCGGCACUUGCCGGUUUGGUGGAAAUUCCAGCGAUCGCACUGGCCAUGUACAUCAUCAAUCGUACCGGCAAGAAGUGGCUGUUCUGUGCGACCUUCUUCGCUGCCGCCCUUGCCUGCCUGUGCGCCGCCAUCGUCGAAGGAAAGCCGGAGUUUUUAGCGAUGAAAAUAACCUUCGUGAUGAUCGGUAAAUUUACUAUCAGCGCCGGAAAUACCAUCAUGCCGGUGUACACGGCCGAACUAUAUCCGACCGCCAUUCGAAACGUUGGUGUUGGUGCCUGUAAUUUGGCAGCCGGUUUUGCCCUCAUCCUUACGCCGUAUCUAUCGAUGCUGACAAAAAUCGAGGAUCACCUGCUUAUGACGUUGCUGACGGCUUGGUGUAUUUUUGGCGCAAUUGUGAUCAUUUUCCUGCCGGAAGCGAUGCAACAUCACGAGCACGAGGAACACGAUGAGGACAAGGAAAUCGAUACACAGACAGCUGCUUAAAACGGAGGCAUGAGAGCUGAGAUGUUUAGCGACCCCGCCGUCAUCAGUGCUGGCAGCCGGAUAAAUCACUUUCCAUGAUGGCCGACGGUACGGUGGAGCUAGUAUUCGUACAGAAGUGAUCAACGAUCAAUCAACUGCAAAAACUGCCAUAUCUACUACUCCCUCGACUCGUCGAGUUUGGCGCCACAUGGAGGCACACUGAUUCCAUAAAACCGACUCAAAAAACCCCUGCAAUUGAGGCUUCGCGCCAAGGAUGGACCCGGUUCCGGUAGUGUGCUGGUUCUUCAAUGUUAUUCUAACUGGUCAAUUGUGUGGAAUGCUUCGGGGAAAGCACAUUUUUAUCCAAGCAUCAUCGAUGUGUAUAGUACGCUGUCUACCCAGAGCCUGGGCAAUGUAACGCACCGUAACGUAUACCACGUGGUUCGUCUCCCAUUUUCCUAACCAUACGCCGUGCAAGCGAACGUGGUAGCAUUUAUGAUUUAAUCCAUGUCACAGUAAGCAACCGAACGAUGGUUACAAUAGGCAUAAGUGUAAUAGCAGAGUUCAAUAGGAAGCGAACAUUUCGAACCGGUACGCGGUGCACUGGCUGGUCCAGGUGGCCGUGUAACGAGAUCGAAUGUCCUUUGUGACCGGUUCACAAUCACCCAAAAGUACACAAACACAACUGCACAAUAGUUACGCAAAGUCCAAUAGUUACUAAAAAAAACAACACCCGUACAAAAAAAAAAACCUCCUCCCGUACUGCGCUAGUGUUGGGCAUCUUCCAAUGCCCGGGCGGAGGCAAGGAAACAUUUUAUGAGAUUUUGUAUUACAUUUAGAGAGCACGGAAAAGCCCACCCAGCUGUUGUGAGCAGCUUUCAUCUUCUUUUUUAACCGUACCGUAUGCUCAACGUUAAGGUCUGUCACAUGUAUUGAUACGGGAAAUUAUUUGUGUAGUAUUAGGUCGUUGGAAAACACUGUAGUAGUAGCUGUAAUUUUAGGAGCAGUAGCAGUAGUAGCAAUAGUAUUCAUGAUAUAAAUAAUCUUACGCAAACGAUUGAUGAUCGAUAAGCCGUGCUUUAUGUGUAUGUGUAAAGCUUUCAAAUGGUAUAUAAGCGGAAAAAUGGGGCAAAAGCCACUCAACCAAGGGCCAAACUGCAGAUGCAAACCAUUGCAAGCUCUUACCCUAUCUCUCUCUCUCGCUUCCUUUCUCUCCUUGUGUCUUUUUAAUGUCUCUGGCAUGGCAGAAUAUGUUCAAAAAAAAAAAGCAGCAUUAGAAGAAUGGUCCCACAAGGCCUAGCGCAUCCAUCUAUCCCGGUGGCACAUGGAAGGAGAAUGAGUCGUCAAUGUUAGCUGUACUUAAACGUAAAUGUGUCAUGUGUCCCAAUAAGACGUAUUAUUAUCCUGUGACGAUGGCGAUACUGUUUGUCACAAAUCACUCUUAGGCAAAACCAAACUAAAAAAAUUUAAAGAAAGGAUGAGACGCCAAAAGGAUGCAGAAGAAGAAGCAAACAUAUAGGGAUGGUUAACGGUUAAUGAGAAUUUUUAUGAAGCUGGUUACGGCAAUGGUUGGUGACUGUUUAAACGGAGAUUAUUAUAUGCGCAUAUACAGUAAGCGUUUCGAGGGGACAGUCGAGAGAGAAGGAUCGGUACAUAAUCAUGCCGGGCGUGUAGGAUGGGUUUGUUAUUGCAAAAAUGUAGCGAAUAGUUUAUAAAAUAGCAAGCAGGUAGGGUAGCAAGGCAGAUCUGUGUUGUUAUUGUUGAACCUGAACAUGGAAGCUUUCUAUCUAUUUAUUUCGCUCGUUUCGUACUUAACGCACUGCGCUCUCAUUAUGCGCGACCCCAUUUAUGCCGGUGUCGUGGUUCGUUUUUUUGUUUUGUUAUUGGAGUUAUCCACAUACCAGGGGAGGCAUUAGAGCAUUUAGAUAGGGACAGGAUGAGUCUGUGUCCAGCGUAUCCAGAGAGUAUUAACAGCCAACCCAAGGGCAGAAUGCUAAUACACUGUAGGUGCUAGUGUUGUUGGGUGGUGGCCCGAUGUGUGUCACUGUACAUAUCCUUUCCGAACACUGCUAGCACGAGCCGGUUGAAAGGAUAGGUGAAUGCGAGUAACCAAUAACGAGUAAAUGAGUGUGAACCGUCUUAACCGCUCCGCGAACGCGGCUAUGAGUAGUUUCAACACGCUAGACAUAAUAAAUGUGGUACACUAUCGUA